UCUUCAACCUAAAAUGCUUCCACCUCCUAUUAACUUUUCUAAAUGGAUUAAAGAGAACUCGAACAAGCUCCAGCCACCUGUGAACAAUUCUAUUCUGUUUAGAGGAAAUGACACAAUAGUAAUGGUUGUAGGUGGACCUAAUAAGCGUACAGAUUAUCACAUCAAUGAGACAGAAGAAUGGUUCUAUCAAGUCAAAGGCAAGCUAUUAAUCAAGGUUGUUGAUGAUGGUGAAUUCAAGGAUAUUCAUGUUGAAGAAGGUGAUAUGUUUCUUCUUCCUCCAAACACACCUCACAAUCCUGUUCGAUUCGAGAACACAAUUGGGCUUGUUGUAGAAAGGGUCCGCUUGCCUCAUCAUACAGAUAUUUUGAGAUGGUAUUGCGAAAAUGAAGCAUGCCGUGAAAUUGUUUAUCAAGAAUCAUUUCAUUGUGUUGAUCUCGGUACACAAUUGAAACCUAUUAUUGAAAAGUUUGCUGCAAGUGAGGAACUUAGAACUUGCAGGAAAUGUGGUCAACUGAACUCAACACGAUAAAAAAAAAAGAAAAAGAAAAAAAAAAUGAAUGUGUAACCUCUUUAUGUGAUCUUCUGCAUGAAUCACAUGGCUGUCAAUAAACUUUACAUGUACAUUCUCCUAUUUCAUAUCAGGUGAGGCUUCUGGGAAAUCAAGUUGCUUUUUUGUGUAAUGUUUAUUGUCUGAAUAAAUCCAUUAGAGUGUUUCCAUCUCAAAUUGUUACUUUCUGCCUAACUUGACUUGUCAUGUUUUACAAGAUCAGUCAACGCUUUUGUUUGUCGCAAUGAUAUUUCAGACAUGUAUGUUUGAAAAAAUAGAACAAAAGGAUAUGAGGAAGUUGGUUAGUUGAUCAAAGCUCAAAUCAAGCUUUUGGGUC